AUGCAAGCCCUUAAUGCGUGUCCGGAAGAAUCGAAGAUAUCAGAAAAAGGCAUCAUAUUGCUAGACUCGUGUGAGGGUAAGUUGGCGUUGACACCACUGAAAUCAUCGUUACCAAUAGCGGACGACGAGCACAAGGGCUACAACACUUACUUCAACCGCGAACGCAUCCGAGAGUCUGUGGCCGAGGGCAUUAAAGCGCUAAUCGGCAGCUACGAAGAUGACCGGACGGCAGCUGAAGCGGCUUAUUUGACUGCUUGGCAGGGUCCUAAGUGUGACGAAUGCUGGGAGGGGUUAUGCGUCCGUAACCACAGUGCCACAGCCUGCCAGACCGAGUGGAAUCGAGGCAAGGUGGCUGCCGAAGCACAAAACCUUGCACGGUGGGUCGGAGACAUGCAGAUGGACUUCAUGAAGCCCGUUCAUUUCGCUCAGCUGGCAAUGGACAGGCUGUGCUGUUGUGACGUUAAGGUGAGCGUACGAGACGAACGAUGGAUGGAAUCGAAAAAAAUGACCGGAAUUCUCGAAGCGGCAUCGACAACGUGCGUGCCUCCGCUGUUAGUAGAGUUGACGUACUACGGCAAAGGCAACCAGGGCGAACGGCCAAUCGUAAUGGUCGGCAGAGGGAGCUGCCUUGAAGAGUGUUGCAGGCGUGGCGAGCCGCCCAAAAUACUGUGCAAUGACAUGGGAAGCGCAGCGGCUAUCCUGGGCACUUUUCGGGGGGUCGCUCAAAUGCAUUUGCCGGUCGACUUGGUCGCCUACAUUGUUUUAUACGGGUACAACCCGAGGGCAGCUAAACAAGACGCCGUCGUACGCAACGCCAACUCCAAGUACACCAUGUUCGCGACCACCAGGAACGAAGGCAGCAUGGUCAUGUCAGACGCUGUCUAUUACUCCCGAAAAGACACUCCCGGUCGUUUGUUGACGAUCGACACGCAGCCCACCGACAAGCGGGACAGCUUCAACAAAGUGUUCAACACGUUUGUAACACACCAUCCGGAUUUCUGGCGAGAAAUAAGAGUGGCCGGCCUGAUGACCGGCGACCGGUUGUGGCAGCUGAUGACCCACGAUUCCUUUCUAGAAGAGCUCUCGAUGUUAAAUCAGAUAGAUUUGACUAACAGGAGCGAGCUACACAAGUACCAAGGUUCUGGUUACAACCAUGCUUACCUUACACAGUUUGUGCCAUGCUGCGACACUAUUGUGGGGCACUUACAGAUAAACGACAGAACAAAGAACACGUCGGACGGUCUUAUUCUGCCGUACUUGCGAGAAGAGCUGAAAACCGGAAGACCAACGAGAACCAUAAUCCAGCUUUUGUAUCAACUGGCAUGUCCCCAUGAAGAAAUUGCUCCGAUCCCCUGUUGUGACCAAAAAUGA